GUUAGGGCUCCAGCUCGGGCCCUGCACCUGUAACUCCGCGGCGGCGACGCUGGUCCAGCUCUGCCCCGCGCGCUGCCCCAUGGCCCCGUCCCGGCUGCAGCUCGGCCUCCGUGCCGCCUACUCCGGCAUCAGCUCGGUGGCCGGCUUCUCCAUCUUCUUCGUCUGGACCGUGGUCUACCGACAGCCAGGAACUGCGGCAAUGGGGGGCCUCGCAGGUGUCCUGGCACUCUGGGUCUUGGUGACUCAUGUGAUGUACAUGCAGGAUUACUGGAGGACCUGGCUCAAAGGGCUGCGAGGCUUCUUCUUCGUGGGUGUCCUCUUCUCAGCUGUCUCGGUCUCAGCUUUCUGCACCUUCCUGGCAUUGGCCAUCACCCAGCACCAGAGUCUCAAAGACCCGAUCAGCUACUACCUCUCCUGUGUCUGGAGCUUCAUCUCCCUCAAAUGGGCCUUCCUACUCAGCCUCUAUGCCCACCGGUACCGGGCCGACUUUGCUGAUAUCAGCAUCCUCAGUGAUUUCUGACCCAGGGAAUGAGGUCACUCCAGCCUGGGGUGGGGGUGAGGGCUCAGGACCUAUACUCAGCUUCUGAGUUAGCAAGUGAGCCUGCCUUAAACCCUGGGGACUCCAGAACCAUGGCAGAGCAUAGACAGCGGGCCAGUUCAGUUCCCCCAGAAAGCCAUCUGGUCCCCUUUCUGGAGAAGACAGAACUGUGGAAGGGGCGCUGCCAACCUGCCCAUUAGCCUGGCUGGAGGGCAGCUUAGCUUUUUCCAGAUGGAUCUAUUUUCUUAGCACGCUGAGGAACCUUUGUAAGUAGGGCCAUGAUAAUGAACUCAAGGUGGUAAGGGUUAGGAUUGUGAGGUCUAAACAUAUGGCUAGUGCCAGGGACAGGGUUCCUUGCUGCCCCAGGCUUCAUUAAAGCACGCGUGUAUGUA